GUGUAUGAUCAAUUCUGGUUGAGCCACCAAGCUUCGCAUUAAUCAUUGAUAAACUAAUGGACGAACGCACGAGGAUGUUGAAUACCAAGAGUGCAGUUUUGAGUUUUUUCGUGUCUGCGAUUGGCUGGACGCUCUCCGAAGGAUUUACGACAACGCCAUUUCUUCAACAUCAGUAUCAUCCACAACGGUGCGCUGCAGGUUUCUGCUCCACCGUCUUUGCAUACGAUGAUGGAAGCUACAAUCAGGGAAGCUAUGAAGAAGGCACGUACGAUGAUGGCAGCUACAGCGAUGGCGGCUACGCAGAGAAUAAUGAUCUCCUCUUGAUUCGCGAAUUUCUCCAGAACAACUACCCGGACUUCUACACAAUACUGGACAAAAACGAAGAGAUCUGGAAGGCCAUUGGUGACACUGAAGAAGGAAACGAACCGGGCUUCACCGUCUUUGUUCCGAGCGUCGAGGCCUUGCAAAACAUGGACGUAGAAAAACAAAACCAGUUACUGGACGAACGUAACCUCGAAACAAUUCAAAAGAUCGCGGCUUAUCACGUCAUUGGAGAACCCGUUACGUCCGAGGCUCUCUUUGAAGCAGGUGGGGUUUUGACAGUCGGAGGUGAGGUCCCGAUUGAAAGGUCUGUCACUGGUGGCUUUUUUGGAUUUGGAGGGACAGAAGACGGUGGUGUGACACUCAAUAGUGCUAAGAUCUUGAGAUCGGCGUCAGUUGGACAAGGUUUGGUGCACGAAGUGGACAACCUGGUGUCUCCAAGCAUUAUGUGGCGAUACAUGGACCAGCUUCGUAUUCCCGGGUCCAGUUAAUUGGAUGGAAAUGUAUGGACGAACAGGUUGAUAAUUGGAAGACAUCGAUCAUCGAAGCGUAUGUUAGAUUCCGCUUUCGAAUGAAAGGUCAGUUUUCCUAUUGACCUUUCCUACACAAGCUCGCCUGAAAGACUACACGAUUUUUCAGAAAAUUAUUUGGUUCGAUGUCGAACUUACAAGGCUACCCUCUGUUAUAAAUGUAGUUGAAUUAU